AGGACAGAAUGGGACGGCAAAGGACAUCAUAGACCCAGACAGCAACGUAAUGGUUAACAUCCAGGGGAGUUCCCUUGGCUGGAAAGUUGUGCUUUAUGCGCAGCACCUGUUGUGCCGUCAGUUGCCAGUCUCCAAAAACCCAACCCCGUCAGCGCAGCGAUAUUUUAUCUCAGUCUACAAGUUAUGACUCUUGACUGCGCCAGACAACAGAUCUCGUCUCGGAGUUCCGGAUAGCUUUCUCUGCUCGGACUGUAUCAGGUUGCUGGACUCCCUCGCAGUCUCUCUCUGUGUGAGAGCUUUGGUUCUUAUGCGUAAAGAUCUGACGGGAUUUAUAUGACGAAGUGUGGAAUGCACCAUGAGCGCGCAAUUGAGCCGAAAUGCAUCUGUGUAUUUUUGAUCGCCCUGUGCCAUAGAUGAUACGCGUGCAUAAAGGCGAUUUUCAAACCAUGUUGCUGGGAUUUUAAUUGCUUAAACUUUCUUCAGCACAAAUAUUCGACUUUCCUCAGAGCCAACAGAUGUGCCCAAAACUACACUUGUGUCCCGCAUGUUUGUGGUGAUCCAGACCAGAGUCCAGCUUUGUGAUCGCCAACUACCACUCAUCCAAAUGAUCCUUUUAUUAAUAUUCCUUCUUGCAUCGCUUCUCCAACAAUAUGGCACAGAAGCCGAAUCCAGUGAUGUCAGCAAAUUACAACUUUCAAGUAUAAAGGAGCCAAACGGAGUUCAGGAGUCCGUUCAGGAAAAAGUCUUAACUGUGUCUGGAGAGGGAAUGAUCCACAGCCCAGACUUCCCACACACGUAUCCCAGGGAUACCAUACUGGUCUGGAGACUGGUGGCGGCCGACAACAUGAGGAUCCAGCUCACAUUUGAUGAGAACUUUGGUCUGGAGGAUCCUGAAGAUGGAAUAUGCAAGUAUGACUUUGUGGAAAUAGAGGAUCCCACUGAGAAGUCGAUCCUGGGUCGUUGGUGUGGGUCACAAUCUGCACCAACAAGUCAAAAAUCCAAAGGCAGCCAAGUUAUUGUUCGUUUCAUAUCAGAUGAAUACUUCCCCUCUGAGCCUGGAUUCUGCCUCCACUACUCUCUACUCCCUGUGACUGCAUCAGAGCCAGAGGCCACCACGCAGCCCCCUCCAUCCCUGCAGGGUGUUGAGGAGCUGUUGGAGGCGGUGGCGGUGCUCAGCACGGUGGAGGACGUCAUGAAGUAUCUGGAACCGGAGCGAUGGCAGCUGGAUAUGGAGGAGCUGUACAAACCCACGUGGCACGUGUUGGGGAAGUCGUUCGUCCUCAACAGGAAGGCCAGAGGAGCUGAUCUCAAUCUGCUGAGGGAGGAAGUUCGGCUGUACAGCUGCACGCCACGCAACUACUCAGUGUCUUUGCGAGAGGAGCUGAAAAGGACAGAUGUCAUUUUCUGGCCCAGCUGCCUCCUUGUAAAGCGCUGUGGUGGAAACUGUGCCUGCUGCUCUCAUCGCUGCGUUGACUGCCAGUGCGUGCCAGCAAGGGUCACAAAGAAAUACCAUGAGGUUCUUCUGUUGAGACAUCGAGGCGGAGGGAGAAGCCUGCAGAAGUCCAUGACGGAUGUGGCCUUGGAGCAUCAUGAAGAGUGUUCCUGUGUCUGUAAAGAUGACCAGGACUGACCUCAGAUCUGCAUAGAAGCUGCCAACAGCAGCACCAGGACAUCAGACAUGAACUCUGCAGCCAUUCUGAAUCUCAUCCACUUCCAUUGGGGAGCUAACAAGAUUCUUCUUUCAUACGCUUGUCCUUUCACUAAUUGGAUGAAGCAGAACAGACUGGAAUCUAAUAAAUCUUUGGUAUGGAUGUGACCAUUGGGGAAUACAAAUAGUGUGCUCUGAUUGUAUUUUAGCGGAAAGGAAAAUCACUGGAGCAAAGGUGGACUAUUACCAAACAGCUCCAGAGACGGAGAUAACUCAGAGACGUUGUCUACUCAUCCGGAAAAAGUUUUCGUUCAGUGUGGACUGUUACAUUUACGGAAGUGUCUUCUUUAAGGGCUUCUAGUCUCUGUAAGUGAGCUUCCUCCAGCUGCUUAACUCCCACAGUUUCAUGGUUCAUGUUUUUCACCAUCAAGCCAAAGAGAAGCGGUUGUGUCUGGCUACUUUCCUUUACUAUCGUUGAGCUUUGCUACAGAUUUGUCAGUGGCAAAAUGCAGUGUCAUACAAUCACAUUAUGUGUAAAUAUUUUUUCAGUUUUGUUUUUUAUACCAAAGAUUUUCCAGGAGGGAUUGUUGCGAAUUUUGAACCAGCUGGACAUUGUCUAGAAACAUUUCUGUGAUCCAUAUCAGCGAUAUCAACUCUGCUUGCUUGAGGAAUAUAUUGCAUUUUGUUGUUUUUGCAGAAUGAUUGUUCAUAAUAAAUAUUUAUUUCUAAUGAAAGGGAAUUUAGAUACAAUGUGCCUUAUUUGCUACAUUUUUGCUGUACAGUAGAAUUAGUUUUCAUUUUCUAUUUUUAGUCAUUUUUACUUUGAAAUUUCAUUGAGGUUGUUUUUUAUUUGAACACCAAAAUUAUUUAACUGUUUGUGUAUUUUCUAAUACUGAGCUUAAAGAAUAAAUUUUUCAAUUUCUGCUUGAA